UCCCCACUUCAUCCCUUCUGCCCUGCCCACACCCAGCUGGGAAGCACCACGCUGGCACCAUGAGGGGCACGCUGCUGGCACUGGGCUGCCUCGUUCUCCUGCUGCUGGCACGGGAAGGGAGAGGGGAAGGGAACAAGGUGAGGCUCUGCGGGAGAGACUUCAUCAGGGCCGUGGUGUUCACGUGCGGCGGCUCGCGCUGGAGAAGGCACCGCGACCUGCGGGAGAGUGAAAACCCCCAGCAUUUCCCACACGAGGACGAGGGUGACGCUGACUUCUCAGCACACCCAGAGCCAAGGCUAGGGAUCCACAGAGAAGAACCCCAGGACGUCAAACCUGAGCAAGGCUUGCAAAACACCGGCAAAGUUCCUGUGCUCAACAAGCGUGAGGCGGCCGCGCUGCUCGCCACAUCCUGCUGCAACGUGGGCUGCAGCAGGACAGAGAUCAGCUCCCUGUGCUGAAACGCAGCAGCUCGGGGGCA